AUGGCUUCUCAGCCUAUCCCACGAGUCCGGCGCACGUCGCAAAACACACAAUACACUUCGCUUACAUGGACUAGCUACAACCUCUCGAGGUGGAUCCACGAUGUCAAGACGUACCCCGUUCAGUCUCCCCAGGGAGCUACGAUCCUCCUGUACGCUCACGACAAUGGUGUGACGAUAGUCUGGAGAGGCGGAAGGCGCUUCAAGCGGACAAAUAAGAAGCUUUCAACACCAGCGAACGAGAAACAAAACGGCGCGUCUGACGAUUCCGUCAUGAUCAUUGACUCCGAUGAUGACGAACCACCAGCCAAGGCAGGCAAGGCUUCGGCGCCAUUUACGGAUAAACCCGAGUUCGAGGAUUCCGAGGAGGAUGGCCCAUACCCUGAAAUCAUCCAGACCCUUGAUCUUUCUCUCGGCACUACGGUUCUUCACCUGGCCGUGCUGCCCAUGACCCCUUGCCCCGCCGAAGAUGCUGCGUGGGGAGGAGCCGAUGUCCUCAAGGAGAAAAUCGUCUUCACGGUGGCCUGCGCCACCAACGAGGUAUACGUCGUGACGCUCCCAUUGACGCCUCCGAGCCCAGAAAGCAAGGCCCGCCCUGAAUUGAGGUCGAAUUUGCUGGCCGGCAAGGCCGGUUCUGGCCAGUGGGGGGAGCGUGUUGUUCUCCUUGGCGGCCAAUACAAGCACAGCGAAGGUGUUGCCAUGUCAUUAAUCAAACCCAAGACAUCAACCAGCUCCGACCGGAUACGGGAACAAACCGGUGCUUUGAGCACACAGAAACCUCGCCUUGUUGUGGCCGCACAUACUCGCGAGGCAUCAGGAACACUUCGUCUUUGGGAUGUCCCUCUGGAUGUUCAGCCAGGCGAGGCCAGUGGCCGAAUCAACCCCUUCCAGUCCGAGUACUUGCCCAGCCCCUUGUCCAGCAUUUCUUUCAACCCGACACAUCUUACUCAGCUCCUCACGGUAGCCUCACCGCACGCUGUACGCAUCUACGACUACGCACUGCCCUCGUUGCCUCCCGACGACCAGGCCAUCGGGCCGUUCCCCAGCCAGGGAUCGUGGCUGCUCUCCAUGUUCCAGCCGUUUACUCGCCCUACUUCGACGCGGAAGCCGAUUCUCGAUGCGGCCUGGAUUGCGCAUGGUAGAGCCGUGCUUGCCUUGCUUGCAGAUGGCACCUGGGGUAUUUGGGAUGUGGACGGUGCCAGCCCUCUCGGCGCCUCAAUCCUGGGGAAGAAUAGUUCGGGCAUUAAGGGUGCGGCGCUCACGACCUUUAGUGCCAGUGGUCAUGUCGAAGGCACAGGCCCGUUGCGCACAACAGCUGGCGUACCGAGGUCAAACGGCAAUGGCGAGUUUGUUCCCUUGACGCCGCAUAGCCGUCGUGAUGCUGCGGCAUCGUUGAGCGCAGCUGGCUCCCUGGAACGGCUCGUGUCGGUCAGGGGCGGGAUCACAGUGACGCCCUUGCCCGGCAGUGGGUCUGGCUCUGCUGACGAGAGUGUUGUGCUUUGGAUUGGCGGAUUGGAUAAUGUCUCCGUCAUUCCAGCAGUGUCUCGGUUUUGGGACGCUCAACUGCGCCGCGGCUCGGGUGGUGGCGUGAAUCUCUUCAGCGGCACUACCCCGACCAGAAUGAUCCGCCUGCACGAUCUUUCCACAGGUCUUCUCGGAGAGCGUUGCUGUGGUGUUGGCGCUGCGGUCAACUUUGCGAAGCUGAAGGAGAACGACGGAGGCCUGCAGAUUGAGGUGCUUAUCAUGGGAGAGAGCCGCUUGGUGAUCGUUCAUGAGUCCGAGGACACGCCUGGCACCAAGAUCGGAUCUGUUGUUUCGACACGACGACGCUUGUUCGGCGAUAAGGGCAAGGCAGAACCGCCCAGCGCUAUCAUCGUCCACCCUCGACCUGAUCAACCCCGAAAUGUCUCAUUCAAUCUCAGCGUCAACAAAACGAGAAGCUUGCGUGCAAAAUCAAGUGGUCGUGAUAGCUUCGAUGCUGAGGAUCCCACGCACGACUUCACACUUCCCAUUGGACGGCCCAAGUCAGGUUUUGGGUUCGCCGACACGCUCAGUGCAGCAGCAGACUUGCAGGAUGAUGUCACAACUCGUGAUGUCGAGGUGGAGAUGCUGGAUAUCCUUGAGAUUGACAGGGCUUUGGAGGAUAUGGAAGACGACCGGGGUAGUGGACGGAAGAAAGUCUUCUUUGAGGAGGACCAAGACCGGUCGUUCCACUAA